AUGGUAAAUGUACCACUUCAAGUGUUGAUUGAUUCCGGCGCCAGCAUUAAUGUUAUUGAUGAAAAGGCUUAUCACGCCAUCAUAAAAUCUCCGCAGAAUAAUCGGCUUUCAUUACGUCAUACCUCCAUGAAAAUCUACAGUUACGGUGGUACUUCACCUCUACCUGUUCUUGGAACAUUCUACACUCGCAUUGAAUCGAAAACACACACAACCCCUGCUACUAUCUAUGUUAUUAAGGGCGAAAAUGGUUGCCUUUUAAGCUACAAAACUGCAACUGAAUUAGAACUUGUCUCUGUCAUCGCUCAAACCAACGCAUCUGUCAACACCACCACACCGCUUUCCACACUUAGCAGCACACAAUUCCGUUCUGAAUAUUCAGACCUUUUUGACGGUAUUGGCAAGAUGGAUUUUCAAGUUCAUCUACAUAUCGAUCCCUCCGUCCCCCCGCGACACAACCUCAGAGAAUUCUGUUCCACCUUCGCAAAAAGCUCGAUACCGAACUUGACAAACUUGAAUGCCAGGGUAUUAUCGAACCGGUUGAUGGCCCAACUCCUUGGGUGUCCCUCUCGUUGUGACACCAAAACCGAAGAACCCUGA